UUCCGACUCCAGUCAAUUAUAUUAAAUUGAUCGAUAUUCCAGAAAAGGGUUAUUUUGCAAGAGAUCGUGUAGGCGAAAUUUGUAUUCGUAGCAAAGCUGUAUUUACAGGAUACCUUAAAGAUGAAGCUAAAACGCGCGCAACAAUUGAUGAUGCUGGUUGGCUUCGUACAGGCGAUGUCGGUCGUUGGACAGAGGAUAAUAUGAUGCAAAUCAUCGAUCGACAUAAGAACAUCUAUAAAUUAAGUCAAGGAGAAUUUAUUGCUCCGGAGAAGAUCGAAGGUAUUUAUGGGCGUAGUGAAUUUAUCUCACAAGUAUAUGUUUAUGGUGAUUCGUUUCAAAAUUUUCCCGUUGCACUUGUUGUACUCGAAGAUGAAUAUGUUAAGAAAUGGGCUGCCGAAAAUGGCAACGAUUCCAUACUUUUAGGUGCACCGGAAACCAACGAGGAAUUGCGUAAAAUCGUCUUGAAAGAUAUGAUUGAAAAUGGAAAGAAACGUGACUUGAUGUCAUUUGAACAAGUUAAAGCAAUCGCCAUCAUUACAGAGCCAUUUACAGUUGAAAAUGGUCUUUUGACACCGACAUUUAAAGCUCGACGAUUUGCAGUCGAAAAAAAAUACAAGCCGAUAUUUGAUGAAUUAUAUAAAACUAUCAAUGGUUAA